GCAUGUUGGGUACCGAUAGGGCUUCGGUGUUGCUUGUCUCUUAUCAUAAUCAUGGUCUAGCUGUGACCCCCGACAUGAGCUCUUUUUGUAGCCUAUCUGCACCAGUAACUAGUGAUUAAGAACUAGUGAUUUGUUUUCUUGGCCUUUGAUGACUGUGAUCAUGCGUCCUUGUUACCUCACACAUUAACACCCUACUUAUUAUCUGCUCUUGGACAGCUACUUACUGGACGUUUUCCAACACGGUUCAUGUAUGAUGGAGGCCAGCAUAGACCCAUCUAAGCGGAUUACCUUUUGACACGGGCCUGGGCCUAGACUGACAGUUGCGAUCAGCGAAGCCUAACAAUUACAACCCCCGCUUCUAGGCAAAGGUGACAUUUCUUCAGUCACCCGGCCUCUAGGUUGAAUGCGUGGGAGGAUGACGGACGGGCAUAAAUCUCAUCUAUCGGACACACAUCGGCUUGCUUUUGAGGCUUACGGCGAACCAAAAAUGAAGAGCAAGACGCAAGUGUCGUACGGCUUUAAAGUAGCGCUGGUAGCUCUGGACUGCCUCUUUCUAGGUCUGCAACCCGUGCUGGUUCACCUGUCCAAGAAUAGCAAGGGCACGUACUCCUUCCACCCGGUCGCGGUUAACUUCAUGGUGGAGUUGGCCAAGACGCUGUUCGCGCUGGCGGUGCUGCUGUUCACGGGCACCGGCCGCUCCGGGCCGCCCAUGUACCGCUCUCUGCGUGCCUUCGCUGCGGACGCGCACCACAACCGGCUGCUGGCGGUGCCGGCGGGGCUGUACGCGGUGAACAACCUGCUCAAGUUCUCCAUGCAGCUCUUCUUCCGCCCCACCACCACCAAGAUGCUGGGCAACCUUAAGAUCUUCACCAUCGCGCUGCUCAUGCGCGGCGUCAUGCGGCGCAGCUUCAACACCAUUCAGUGGGAGGCGCUGUUCCUGCUGGUCGCGGGCAUCACCAUCAACCAGCUGCACAGCUGCGGCUCCGCGCCCAACCCCGACGCCUCCGUGCCGCUCCUGCCCGCCCUGCUGUGCACGCUGGGCACCGUGACGGUGCCGGCGGCUGCCAGCGUGUACAACGAGUUCGCGCUGAAGAAGCACAUGGACACCUCGGUGCACCUGCAGAACUUCUUCCUCUACUUUUACGGCGCGCUCUUCAACUUCGUCUUCCUGGCUGCAACCGCCCUGCACGCGGGGCAGCCGCUGGGGGACAUGUUCCAGGGCCUCUCCCUCAUCACCUACCUCCUCAUUGCCAACAACGCGGCACAGGGCGUGCUGUCCUCCUUCUUCUACAAGUUCGCGGACACCAUCCUCAAGAAGUACUCCUCCACCAUCGCCACCAUUUGGACCGCGCUGCUGUCGUUCGCGCUGUUCGGACACGACCUGACCAUCAACUUCUUCCUGGGGGUGUCCAUUGUGUUCGUGUCCAUGCACCAGUUCUUCACCUAUGGCGACAAGCCCAAAGCCAACGAGCGAGCCAUGCCCCGCAUGCUGUACAGCCCCUCCCUAGACCACAUAGCACUUGCGGCCUCCGCGGGUACCCCCUCCUCCGCCGCUGGGGGGUUAGGGUUGGGAGGCGGAGGCGUGGCGGACGAGGUGGCAGGCAGUGGGGAGAGUGGCGACGUACGGCGUCCGCUGUUGCCUCGAUAGUGUGGGAAGGCAGGAACACCCUUCCCCCCCCUGGGCGAUGAUAGUGUGGGGGCGGGUUGCGUGUGAUAGCCGGCUGUGUAGCUUGUUUGGGGGGGGGGUACCGGAAAACUUGCCGAGCGAGUCGGAACGUUCUUCAUUGGCUGCCGGAAGGUGUAUGUUUAAAGAGAAAACUGGCUGCGAGUAAACUGGCCGCAAGACGGAACGUGUGCGCGCAUGCUACUGGAUUGUCGAGGCGUGUGUGCGCAUGCGUCCCUGGCUGGUACCGUUGUGCAUGGUUACCGGUAUAGAGGGCGGGCGCCCGAUGGGUCUAGAUCGGUGGUAAUUACAGGGAAGGAAAGGGACGCGCAGGUAUGGGGUGGGGUCUGGGCUUGAGAUAGCGAACGCAGCUUCGCCGCAGGCUGAUACAAUGCUGAAGGAAGGGACGUGGCAGGGACGUGGGUUCGGGCUUUGUCGUUUUGGGGGAGGGUAUGGUAAAGUGGAAACAACUAACGAACCGCUUGAGGGGAGGGGGUAUUACCGGUGCUGGCGGCCGCGGCUGUGUCACUGCAUGCAUGCAUAUGUGUGAACGGCUGCCCCCGGACAACGGAUUUCGCAAGAUUCGGGCGAUUUAAGGAUCUGCGGCUAGGAGGCUCAUGGACGGUGUUCUCUGCCUGCCACAUGUUUGGAUUUGCGAGGAGGGUUUGAUGCUGUCUUUCGAGUAGUGUUGGGUACCGGAGUAUACCGCAGGAUCGGAGGUAGCAGCGCAACCCGACCGCUGUUGCGUCCCAUCAUUCAUCCCGCAGUUGCGAGUGAGGCGUUCCUAGCUGUGUGGGAGCUUCACCUACCCCUGCUGUUAAUGGUGGCUUUUCAAUGCUGCGCGGGUGCGGGGGGUCAAAGAGGAACCAACCCGUUGUAAGAGGGGAGGGGCGGUGUAGUAAGGGCGAUUGGUUCGGACUGUGGCAGCUGUGUCUGACUCGCUGUUCGAAGCUGGACGACUUGUAUGGUGGAGCGAGGGGGCAUACGGUGUGUCGGGAGGCUUCGGACAGGCCGCAGAAGACACACGUGCACGGACCGGCGGUGUGUUAAGAAAACUGGCCGCGAGUAGGAAUGUAUGUGUGUUGGUGCACUUCCACAUCAUAUCACCGCCGAGAACGGGGUAUAGGUAAUAUAGAGGUACGGGUAUAAUAGGCGCCGUAGAUUCAGGACGUGUCCGGUAGGCAAGUCC